GUUACAAACAACAUAAAUCAGAGAGUGAUCCUGAGCGAAUCAAAGAAAUUAUUGAUAAAAGCUUGCAGGAUGCUAAAUGGAUAGUAAACAAGUAUUGCAGUAAAUAAUGGGUAACUUUGUUCCAUUAGUACUUAAACGAAUGUACAAGAAGUAUCUUAUAUUCUAUAGACAAAUUGUUUAAUAAAAGCUAUAAUUAUGUUUGCUGAGAAGAUAGAAGACUAUGAAAUAUUAGAACAUCUAGGCAAGGGUGGUUUUGCACAUGUAUAUAGAGCAAGAUGUCGGAAGACUGGAUUGUUUGUUGCUAUCAAAAUGAUAGACAAAGCCUUGAUGGCAAGUGCAGGUAUGAUUGGGCGUGUUCGUCAAGAGGUGACAAUACAUUCACGCCUAAAGCAUCCAGCUAUUUUGGAGCUGUAUACAUUUUUUGAAGAUGCCCAUUAUGUUUAUUUAGUUUUAGAAUUAGCACAUAAUGGUGAGUUAGCAAAACACUUUAAACUAGGCACUUGUGGUCUAAGUGAAAAGGCUGCUGCUGAUAUAUUUAGACAAGUUGUGAGUGGAGUUUUAUACCUCCAUACUCACAAUAUUAUACAUAGAGAUCUGUCUCUAAACAAUCUUCUACUGACUAAGGAUUUAUAUGUUAAAAUUGCUGAUUUUGGACUAGCGACUCAAUUGAAUGGACCGGAUGAGAAGCAUGUUACUAUGUGCGGUACACCCAACUAUAUCUCUCCUGAGGUGGCUUCCAGGGAACUACACGGUCUUCCAGCUGAUGUUUGGGGACUGGGUUGCAUGUUGUAUACAUUACUUGUGGGAAGCCCACCAUUUCAUACGCAACAUGUAAAAACUACAUUAAAUAAAGUGAUCAAUGCUGAUUAUAAGAUUCCAUCUGAAUUGUCUUUUGAAGCUCAAGAUCUGUUGCAAAAAUUAUUGUGUAAGGAUCCACUUAGAAGAAUAACAUUGAAAGGCAUUAUGGAACAUCCAUUUCUAAACAGUAAUGUAUGUAGUUAUCAAAAGCAGGAAUUGUCAAGAGAUUCUGGAUUUCUUACAACCCUUCAUAGUACUCAACAUAGCAAUAGAACUAAAAGUGACAAUAUAGUGAGCACUGAUAGUUUGAAGUACAUUAGGGAGUGCAAUAUUGUUCCUAGUAAUAGUAUGCAAGGCAAUUCAUAUAAUCUAUUUUCACCUGAAACAAAUAUGAGUAAGGAAAGCAAUCUACAACUUAAACAGAACAUAAUGCCAUGUUUUACUGGAAACCACCAUUACACUCACAGUCCUACUACCAGUGGGCAUGUUUUGGAAAACUUAAAAAAAAUAGAUAUUUGUAGCAACAAUCUUGAUCAAUGUAAAAGUUCUGAACAAAAUAAAGAGAACAUACCAAAGCCUAAUGUUAACACAAAUGCUUUAAAUGUUCCACCUCUUUGUGCUGAUAGAUUACCUACUAUAUCACACAGGACAAGAAAUGCAAUUCUCAAGAUCGAACAAAACAGUGUUGUAGUAGAAUUCAUAAAAAGAAAAGGUAAAGAAAGAGAAGAGAGAGUGGUAGAAGUUUGUAAAAUUUCAAAAGAUGGUAUGAAAAUUAUUAUAUAUGCUGUUGACAAGGAGAAAAAUGCUAAUGUGGAACACAGUCCUCUACCAGAUGAAGUUUUUACGUACCAUAAUUUACCUCAAAAACACUGGAAAAAAUAUUUAUAUGCUGCCCGCUUUGUGGAUCUUGUUAAAGCUAAAACACCUAAAAUCACACUUUAUACAAAUUUAGCAAAGUGUCAACUAAUGGAGAAUGGUACAGACAUUGAAAUGUUUUUCUAUAAUGGGGAAAAAGUAACUUUUACAGCAUCAGAAGGCUUAAAAAUAAUCGAUCAAUAUUCAAGAACUCAUCAAAGCCAUUCAAAUGAUAAAAAUUUGCAGCAUUUAAAGGAUCAUUUUGAGGAAUGUUCUAGUAGGAUGAAUAAAAUUCAAAGUGUUCUUUCUAGCAUACCAGAUGAAUGUUUCCCAUUAAUUGUUGGAAAGAGGCCUGUUCAACCUUCGAGCAGUGUUGUCACUUCAGCUAUGCAACAAAAUAAUAUAGAGAAAAAUAAUUACUGUACCCCACCGUUUAGCAUAGGAUCUUUUUAUCGUUCCAAUAGUGGUUCUAUUCAAACUCAUAGUGAAUAUAAAUAGAAUUAUUGUUUGAGCUACUCACAAAUACUGAAGUAAUAAUACCCUAUUAACAAAAUUGUUAAUAUAAAAAUUAUAUUACUUAUUGCUUACUUUAUUCAUAUUUAUUAAUGACGUUUAUUUACCUACAAAAGUAUAUAAGGAAAUGUA